AUCAUGUGCACUCCAAGCCAGUCGAGCAGAUUAUUCGGCAAGAUGUCGACAUCUGGCCGGCGAGCCAAUAUGGGUUUCCUAGUCUGUCGACUGCGUCCGGGAUGUUCGCUAGGUAGCACCAGCUCCACUACAUGCCUUCAGCACACCGUUGAGAGAAAGCGCAGCAGAGAGCCAAGUGCCGUGCCGACGCAAUGUCUCGCUGUCAAUCCACCCUCUACACGUAGUUUUCCGUUCGUCAGUCAAGGACGACCGGCGCGCUGCAUAUCUCCCAAUUCGCCGCGAUUCGCUAAGCAGCCAAUCAAGCCUUCAGGCUGCCGUUGGACCGUCUUAUCCCCGUUUUCUUAUCAUUUUGGAAAGAUCGCCAGUCCGAUUAGAAGGCAAGGACAUCCCAGGGUCAGCGCUGGUCAUGAGAUGCAUCUGAGCACAAUCCGGAAUCUUAAUUCCCCUGGCGGCUCCGCUCCUCCACGUGUAGCGGCUAUAGAUUGCGGGACUAACGCGCUCAGACUCCUCAUAUGCGAAUGCGGCGAAGAAAGCCAGGGAUUCUCGCGAACCAGAGAGCUGGUUCGCGAAACCCGCUCGGUAUCUCUUGGAGCUGACGUUGCGCGCACUGGCUCCCUUUCUCCUGGCACUAUUUCCAUGUGUCUUGACAUCCUGAGUUACUUUGCUGGGCUAUGCCGUGAUCAUGGGGUGUCUCGAUUGCACAUGUGCGCCACGUCAGCGGCCAGGCGUGCAGCCAAUGCUUCAGAUCUUCUCAUCCCAGCCGCACGAGUGAUUGGCUCAACUCCUGAGGUUAUUUCAGGGGAAGAAGAGGGGAAGCUGGCGUUUGUUGGCUCCACCUCAGCAGUCAGUAGCGGAUUGGCUGUGGGAGUGACAACAGCACCGCUUGUGGUGAUAGACAUUGGCGGUGGUUCAUCAGAGUUGGCCUUAGGCAUCAUCUCUCCUACCUGCAUUGAUGAAGUUUCCUGUUCCUCUUUUUCCCCGUCUUCACCAACUAUCUGUGGCCCUCACACUGUCCUCUCAGUUGACAUCGGCUCCUCCUCUCUCUCGCGCUCCUUUUCCCUCCACCUGAGCCCCACCUCUCCAUGCAGCAUUGAAUCUGCCCUUAACGCUGCCAGGGAUGCGUAUCGUUGCAAGUUCUCUCCUGCACUGUCUUUGGGUUGGUACAGGCACAACGGUCCUCAUCAGCCAAAGGAAUUUUCAUGCAAUUCAGUAGGAGGGACGAUGAGGUCUGGGGUGGUAACAAGCGGAGUGGAGGGUGUGGUGGUGGGCACAGGCGGUAUACUGACAACACUUGCCGCCCUUGCUCAGGGUGUUCCAUACUCGAGGGAAAGAGUUCAAGGCUUUGUUUUGGAUGUGGAGAUGGUGAGAGGAAUACUAGGGCAAUGCACAGGAAUGACACGAGAGGGCAGAGCUCACUUGCCUGGCAUGUGGGAGGGGCAUGUGGAUGUAAUUAUUGGGGGUAUUUGUGCUGUGUUAUCCCUACUGGAAGUGCUCCAGUGCAGAGAGUGCAUUGUGUCAGAGUCAGAUACACUAGAUGGGAUGAUUAUGAAACUAUGCUCCAAAUGAGCCAUUAGGGCUUCCGCUUACAGAUUCACAGUCCGCUUACAGAUUCACAGAUUCACAGUCCGCUUACAGAUUCACAGACAAAACAAUCCAGUCUAGUUUCAAGUUCCUUGACGGUAGACCUGUCAGCGAGGUGUGAGGAAUCUUGCGUGGUUAGGUAAGCAAGUGGUGCUCUGAAGCACGACCAUCGCCAUGGCUUUCGGUUGUGCGUUUUCUGGUACAUCCUGGCGAGCAGUCGAAUCAAUACAGGCACACCAGGUCUCCGUUGUCCUAUUAAGCAGGUAAGAGAUUGUCGCGUAUUUCCUCGAGUUACAAUCCGAUUGACACAGUCUUAUCUUCGAGCAGACUCGGCGUACCCUCUCUGCGAAAUGUAGAACCCAUUGCAUCCGAUCAGCUUUUGGCGGAGCUUCGGAAGGAAGACGUUUUUACAGGAUUACUGGUUGACGGUGGUCUGGUUAUCACAACACGUUCCGCAGUGCCAUCAAAAGAGGCAGCAGCAGGCUUGCAUCUGCUCGCAUUCUCGGCUCCUGUGAUACGCAAGGGCAAGAGAGGAGCUCACGCCACGGCUCAACUUAUUGGCUCUCCGAUACUUCUAUCACCCGAGAGGUUUGUACUGGAGUUUUAGGCCCUGAAAUGCAUAGCCUCUCGAAACUAAAUCUCGUUUACCUGACAGGGUCUUUGCAACAAAUGAGGCGCUCGGUGUUACAAUUGUAGCAUGCAACGACCUCUCCUCCAGAAAGCAAGAAGCCUCCGUCGCGUGCAAGGUCUCGUCUCUGUCUCGGAGCCUUGAUUCUAGCCUGGAUGCGUUUCUGCUCAUCUAUUGCUUCGCCCCUUCAAGUCUUGCACGAGGAAAGGCCGUGAAGUCACCAGCUAAGAGCGAUCCAUCCACUGCUCUUUCAUGGAGGCUGAAGAAAGGUCGCGUACUGGGAUUCGAAAAUAUAAACUUGUCAACUGAUCCAGACGACCCGCGGAGAAUGACUAUUCAAAUGCCUCGUUCUCGCUCUUUGCUAUCAAGCAAAAAUGCGAAAGCAUCUAGCCAGUCAGGUCGCCAGCAUGACUUGAUGGUUCCAAGCUGUGUGAUGUUCAACGGUGAUGGUGGAAUUGGUUUUAUUGUCGACCAUGGCACAAUGAGCAAGGCUCAAGUUCGGGCUACGCCAAUAAAUGUGAUUCUUGAGUGGAUUUCAAGCAUGUAUGAAAUGACUGACACCAGCAUAACGCUCCCACCCAACGGCAUUCGUAACAAGGGCAGCAGCACCAGCGAGCAUAUUCUGCCAGAAGCAGCAGGCGACGAGGACCUGAACGCACGAGUAGAUCAACUGACGAAUUUAGAUUCAGGGCCUAAUCAAGAUGCCACCACAGAACCUAUCCCCGACCCUUUGCCAUCUAACAUGGACACAUGCAUGGAGCAUGGGCAUGACGGCAUACUGGGGCAGGCUGGAUCAAGGCAGCAAGGGUGUGCGAUAUCUGCGUCUGAGGCUGUGGAAGCAAGUCUUUCAACCGAUCAAGUUCAAGAGGUCAAUGUCACUGCAGAUGUUGACGGGGGGGUGUGUGAUGCUCAUCCAACGGGUGACACUUUAGUCGAUUAUGCUCUGGAGGUGCCUUGUACAAUUCAGACGCCACGGGAUGCUGUGGAUAGUAGCCAUGCUGACUCCGUCGCUCCCAUGCAGUCUGCUGACUCUGUUGCUCCCGUGCAGUCCGCUGAGAAGCAGAAGCUGAGUCCCGAAGAGCUGAAAGCACGCAUCAUGGGUUAUGGCAACACAAGCACUUUGAUGAAGAGACAGCAUGCUCGAGCAGAAGUUUCCAGGAAUGUGGCAUUUUCUAAGAGGGUAACUGACGUGUCAGCAGUGGCAGAUGGAGCCAAAUCCACUACUUCAAGCAGCCUCACUGCGGAGGGGAGAGGUUCUGAGGGUGGCUUAACUGGGGUCAAAGGCAGUAUCUCACGUACGCCAGCACUCUGGCGAUUUGGAUCGACUGGGCAGCAGCAAGUUGCAGCAACAACGACACCAGAUGGCACAGCCGAGGGAAUUCCUCAGAAUACUGCUUUGAACAACCUGCCGUUCCUGCAAAUGAUCGUGGCUGCUCCUGUUGCAGCCUUUGUGGGUUUGGGGUCGAAAAUGAAUGGUGCAAUGGUGGAGUUUGAAAGUGCAUUCAAGAAGAACCAAGGGAAUGGAGAGCAGCUGGUUAAAAAGAAGGAAUCUGACAAGAAGAAACUGCAGGAACAAGAGGUACGCAGACACGACGCAUAUAAGAAUGCUGCUGCAUCCCUAUUUAAUACCACUCAUCAUCUGGACAGCUCCCCAACCCCAAAUCUGCAAAUUCUCCCACCUGAUGAGGAGCGUUCGGGAGAUGUGUCACACCUGCAGCAAGCUGUUGUCAUCAAGGCUGGCGAAGCGAAGGGCUCGGAGCGUCACGCGAGUGGAGAGGCUGGUUGCGACGUGAUGGCUGGAGUAAAACAAGGUGAUGAGAAAGAUGGAGAUGAAGCCAGCGAUGGGAAGGAGGCCAGUGAGACUAGUGGCGAUAGGGGAAAAUUAUCUGGGACAGAUGGAGAUGAAGCCAAUGAGAUGGGGUCAGAUGCCGGUGCAUGUGAUCGUCUAACAGCCUUGAGUGGAAGCCUCAGUAUGGAUUCGUCCAAAGAGCUGAAGGCCGACCAUUCAUCAGAGAUUGUUGUUGGUGCGAGGUCCAGUGACAGGUCAAGCAAGUCAAGCGAGCAUUCCAGCCACAGGCACUCCAGAGACAGCAGCAGCUCAACGGAGCAUGCCAAAGCGAAGGAGCCUCCCACGACACAGACAAGCAUCGAUAGCAUCGCAUUCAGCACAAGGCGUCCACGGGUGUUACUGGAGGACCACUGGUGGAAGACAGAGCUGGUUGGUGAGGAGCCAGGGCGCCGACUGGUGGCUGCUCAGCUAGCGAGGGAGGCAAUGCUGAUGCGAGGGGGAUCAGGCAAGGUGGCACGGAUGAAGGGGCGCGUUGGGGGACUGGAGGCGCUCACUCCUCUUCCAUCACGUUCCAAUUCUGGAGUCCCGCUGGCCAUAAGGAAUGGCGCCAUCACUGAAUACCUGCCUGAGGAAGGGUCGGAUUCCGCUGAGGGCUCUAAUGCUGGCGGUUCCAAGGCUGAAGGGGGAAGAGCGGAGGGACCUGAUGGAGCUGAUGCUGUUUUGCAAGGCCUUGCUCAGAAGCGUGCAACUGGCCCAGCUGGAGAUGCUGCUGAUGGGGCAUGUGCGGGCAUGGACAAGCCCUUGGAGCCUGUUCGUAGUGAUGAUGGCAGUGCGUUGCAGGGAUCACAAGAGAACCAGUUAUUGGGCAAAGGAUCUGCUGCAAAAAUGCUGGGAAAGGUCGAAGGCACUUUGCCAAGCACUGCCAAUCAGGCUGGUAUGGAGGCACAUCAUCAGCAAUCAUGCCAGAAUGCGACUGCCGAUCAAGACUUGAGGUGAGUAUAUUCGUGCUAUUUCUGUCUUAUCAUUUAUCAAUUCCAGUCCCUCAUUCGCCGAUUUUAGGGCAAGCAAGGCGGAGCACGAGGCCCCAGUGAAGGCAGUCCCUCCUCCAGUGGACAGGAGGCUGGAGUCAGGCUUUGAUGGGCUCAUGCAAGCAGUUGAGUCGCUGGCGACCAUGAGUGUUUCCCGCUCUCCUGGAGCCAAGCCAUGGGCGUCCAGCAACCGAAGAACAGACAAGGGAAUGGCCAGCCAGAGCAUGCAGCACUCAAGUCCUGUGCUGGCAUGCGAUGGGGCAGUGAGCAGUCAGGGGAAGCGCUACACUGAGCCAAGGCAAGCUGCUGCUGGAGUAGCAAGUCAGCCAGCAAUGUCCCCACCCACGCCACAUUCCAGCAACUUGCAUGGCCCUUCAACUGGUCACAGGCUCCCUGCAGCAUCACUGGAGCACACUGAAGAGUUUGCCCACAGGGCAGGGGUGCUAAGCCUGCAGCAGCAGGCAGCGUGGCUGUGGGGCAGUGCACAGCACAUGGCUGCACGGGGGACAAGAGCCAGCUCUGCAACAAGCGAUGGGGACGCCCAGGCCAGGGAUAACGGUACAGGGAGUGACAGGAUGAGUGGGUGGGGGAGUGAUAGGGCGAGUGGGCUGUCAGGUAUACUGAGUGCCAGGACCAGCUCGAGCGUGAGGAACAGUGCUGGAGGGGUGGAGGCUAGAAGUUGGUCACAGCAAGGAGGAAAGAGCCCGGUGCCUGUUGCUGACUUGGUGUUUGGAAAGAGGGCCUAUGAGUAUUUGAAGGAGCAUCAAAAGGAAUGCGGUCAUAUGGGGCCUCGCACUCCCCAUUGAUCUGCAUUGUGGUUGAAGACAUGCCUUGCACAUCAGACCAAGCCAAGGAAUACUGCCUGUUAACGUUAGUCGAGGGUAUACUUUUGAAGCUGUGGUUGCUUGUUCGUUAUGGUGUAUACCUACCUGGUGCUUUCUUGACAAACUCCACGCUUUUUGGUGCUGUGGUUGCUUGUUAUGCAUCCUCGCGAUAUCAU